UGUAAUUAAGUCAAUGGAUGAGAUAGCGAUUAUUAGGCAUGAGUGUGAGAUAACCUCGGUAGCAAAUACUACAAUAUUUUUAAUUAUGACAAUGUAAAUACUUGUGCUAGAAUAAAAUCAAGGAUUUCACUUAUUAGUUCCCAUGUCACACGACAACAUGAAUUUAAGCAAAAGCGAGAAACUGUUGGCUGCUAAAAAAAAGCUCAGGGAAUUUCAAUUAAGUAAAAUGCAAAAUAAUCAGGAUGCUUCUAUAAAACAAAAACAUCAGUCUGUCAAUUUAUUACCUCAACAAUACCAAAUUGUAAAAACUGACACAUCGCAUUUAGAAGUUAUACCUAAUGCAUCCACAGCAGAAAUUCCAGAAAAUGAUACGUUUGCAGUUCAAGAAUUUCAAAAAAACGAAGUAUCAUCUGUUAAUUUAGUAGCAACUUCAGAAAAUGCUAUAAAUCAUGAUAAAGUGCAUUAUUCUGCAGAAGAGACUACUAAUACAGAAACUGUACAAGAACUGAACAUACCAGAGAUGGAAAAGAAAGUGGAUUUAAAUGAUUUUCCAAAGGUGCAAAAAGAACAUCUUUUGAAGAUGGCUUCUGCAGUUGCAGAUGUUUUAACGAAUGAAUCAGAAUAUGCAGAAACAUCCCUUGAUUCUGAUUUAAUAUGUCAUAAUCAAUUUUUAAGUUCCUAUUUGGAAGAGCAGAAAAAGAUUGUUAACGAAUUGCAUAUAGAACUUAGUAAUGCUCAUAACAGGAUUUCAGAGUUAGAAACUAAAUUAGAGGGAAAGGAAACAGAAUUUCAGAUACAAUUAGCACGAGAAGUAAAUCCUUUAAAAGAGCAACUUCAAGUUCAUGCCCAGACUACUGGAAUUCUAAUAGCAGAAAAAGCAGAACUUACUGCUGCUCUUAAUCAAGCUCAGCAAAGUGUCAGACAAACUUCAGAGGAAGCUGAAGAAAUGACCAAAAAAUUAAAAAAUUCACAAUUUCGCAUAGCUGAAUUCGAGAAAGAAAUAUCCGCAAUAAAAAAUAAUAAUGAAGAAUUAAGGAAAAAUAUUCAUCAAAUACAAAAUGACUAUGAUUCUGUUAACAAUAAAAUGUUUGAGUUGAGGAAAGAAAAAGAAGAUUUGAACCUGGAGGCAUCAGAAUUGAAGCAAAAACUGAAUUUGAAAAAAACAGAAUUAAUUGCUAUGCAACAAGAACUUCAAGAAAAGACAGCAUUGCUUUCAUUAAGUGAACUUCGAAUACAGCAGAUGAAAGUUGCUACAACAACGGAAGAGGAAAAGCAUGCAGUAAAUCUUUUAGAGCAAGAAUUAGCACAAACUAAAGAAUCUUUGAGAAUUGUUAGUACUGAAAAAGAUGAAGCUAAUAAGCAGUACCAGAAUUAUGUUAAACAAUUAGAUGCUCAGCAGGCAAAAUUAUCAGAAGAGAUAAAAACACAAAAAAGAAUUAUAGAAGAUGCACAACAAAGAGAAGAAAGUUAUAUGCAAAGAAUUUCAGAACUUGAGCGACAGUUACAACAAGAAAGAGAAAAAGUAGAGAAUCUAUCGUCUUUGCAAGAUCGUAAAAAUAAAAUAGAUGAAACAGAUCAGCUGAAAAAUAUGGAACUUAUAGAACUUACAUUAGAACAAGAAAAACUUCAUAUUGAACUAUCUGAAAAAGAUUCACAGAUUGAAAUGUUAACAAAAAAUUUGAAUGAUUUACGAGAUGCGAAUAAUCAACAAGCAGAAGUAACAAAACUAGUCACUGCCCUUGAAAGUGAACAGUUAGGAGCAUCUAGAGCAGUUCAACAAAAUAGACAAUUAAAGGAACAACUUACUGAUAUGGAAAAUGCUUUUGUUUCUUUGAGUAAUGCUAAAUUGGAUUUAACUGAACAACUUCAAGCAGAGCGUUCUAUAGGAAGAAAGUUAAAUGCUCAAUUAAAUAAUGUAGAAAGUGAGUUGGAACAAUUGAAAGAAAAAUUAAGAGAAAAAGAAUCUAUUCUUGAAGAGGUUGAGAAAGAAAAACUUCAGAAUGCUCAAAUAGCAGAUCAAAUACAACACUAUCAAGCACAAUCACAUCACGCAGAUACUUUCCAACGAGAACUUCAACAUGCUCUAGCUACUAUAGAAAAAUUAGAAAAAGAAAAACAAAUUCUUACGGAAAAACUGAAAGAAAAGAGUGCAGAAAUUGAUCAAUAUUCUAUGAAUACUAAUAAUAAUGUAUCAAAUUUGGAAAGAAAUGUACAAAUAGAAAUGUUGAAUGAAAAUAAUGUUACCAUUUCUGAACCUAUGAAAAAACUUGAACAAAGAUUUAAAGAAACAAUGGAACGAGUUGCAGAGCUUACAGAAGAGAAACAGAAACUUGAGCAUCUUGUUUUACAGCUUCAAAGUGAGACCGAGACAAUAGGAGAAUAUAUAACAUUAUAUCAAAAGCAAAGAGCAGUUCUACAAAAUAGAGCAAUAGAAAGAGAACAGGUAUUUCGACAAUUACUUGAACAGAGAAAUCAGCAACAAGAGCAAUUGCAUAAAUUAAAAGUUUUGGUUAGUGACUUCCUUAGCAAGGAAUAUAUACAUUCCAAUGGAACAGAAUGUCGAGUUGAAGCAGAAAUAGAUUCUAAUGAGUCUAUAGUUGUGAAAAGAAAAAAGGAAGUCAUAGAUCCACAAGAAGAAAACAAAAAUGUAUCGGAACUUCUAGAUGUUUUGACGGAGAUAAAAGAUUGUAAAGAUUCCUGUAUGUUUGAACUGAAUUUUCAUCCGUGUCCUUGGUGUUCCGGAAAAUUAAUCACAGUAUAAAGGAUAUGCUAUGUACAUAUCUUAUAUUUUUAGUAUAGAAUAUUAACAUAAAAUUUUUAAUCAGCAACGAUUUGUAGGACAUAAUUGUAUAUAAGAUAAAAUCUAUAAAAAUUGCAAUUUGUAAAUGAUCGAUGUGAAAAAAAGGAGGUUUUCAUCAAGAACAGUUGCACUUUUUUAUAAUGUAUAAAAAACAAAUCAUUUAAGCCAAAAAUAUUAUUUAAAAAAAUUAUUUUUUCCGUACUUGCUUCUUUACUGCUUGUCUUAAUAGAAAAAUAUAUUU